UUUUUUAGGCCAUUAGCAAGACCCGCCUAGCUAACGCUCGUAGCAGCGGCGCUAUUCGUCACCGCCUUUUCAACCGACGUUCACACCGGCUGAAUGUAUCCGGUGUGGCGUUAAUCACUCCGGGAUGGAAACAGGACCUCGAUACGGUCAAACUGGACUGGAGUGCAUUCACACAUUUUUCCCACCCUGCUUUUGCCCACCUCAGGGUGAUUGGUGCCUGUUGGAGGCUGUGCACGCAUGGUCUUUACCAGUUGUUCCUUAUGCUUGAAAGAAGCUGGUGUCUGACAGGAUGGAUGGUGUGGACCUAAACAGACUUGUGUUUAAAAAUCAGUACCCUGCGUUCUGCUGCGGUGUAGAGUCCUUUUCCAUUUACAAGAGAACCCCUCCCCUUCUACUCUCCCACUCCCUCCACUAUAUAUAUGAAAAUAGUCUUUGAGCAAUCAAAGGGACAGCACAAGAUAGAUCUCACUUUAGCCUUUUUGUUUUGGACAACAGGUCAAUACCACCUAACUAAGCCUAUAUGGCAGUCAUGGAAGUAAUCUUAUUUUAAUUUUUAUUUAGUGUACCAACUAACUCUAAGCCCGGGCGGUGGGAUGUCGGAAAAGCCAGACGACAAAAUGGUGAAGUUCCUAGCCCCCCCGCAGAGAAGUGGAAAUGGCCCCAGUUCUGGUUCAGAUUCAUUGAUGGGUGACUCCCGUCCGGUGGAAGUGAGACGCCGACAUCACACCAUGGAGCGCGACCGGUGUAACCCUGAGCACCGUUUUUUACGACGAAGUGUCAUCAGUGAUUCUAAUGCCACAGCUCUCGCCCUUCCUUUACCCAGCAAAAUCCCCAUUCCAUUACCUCCACAGGUCCAGCCACAACAGCACAAGGCUGCCGCCUCUCCUGCACUGCAGGUUGAACCCAGGAACAAGCAAAGUGAGAAGUCUGCCGAUGCUGGUGGAGAAAAACAAGAAGGAAAAGAUGGUGAAAUUGCCAAAGUAGAUGUUUUGUCUUCGUCUCAGCAGUCGGCUGUUGUACAAGACGUUAGAGAUGGAGACAUGUUGGUAGGAGCUUGCACUGCACCACUUUUGCCAAGUCACCAAGAACCUGAGAGUGUCAAUGAGGCGAAGGAUUCUCGUGAGAACGAUGGGGAGGAGGAAGAUAAGGACUCUGCCAAAGCGCGAGCUGAGGCAGAGCAAAGGGAAGCUGAGAAAAGAGUUCAGGAUGACAUCGAGGAGGCAGAAACCAAAGCAGUAGGAACAUCACCAGAUGGAAGAUUCCUCAAGUUUGAUAUAGAAAUCGGACAUGGCUCUUUCAAGACUGUUUACAAAGGCUUGGACACUGACUCCACAGUGGAGGUGGCGUGGUGUGAGUUGCAGGACCGUAAGCUGUCAAAGACAGAGCGGCAACGUUUUAAGGAGGAAGCUGGCAUGUUAAAGGGACUACAACAUCCCAACAUUGUUCGCUUUUAUGACUCCUGGGAGGCACCAUCCAAAGGAAAGAAGUGUAUUGUUCUGGUUACAGAACUGAUGACCUCUGGUACACUCAAGACAUAUCUAAAGCGGUUCAAGGUGAUGAAAAUUAAAGUGCUGCGCAGCUGGUGUCGGCAAAUCCUCAAAGGACUCCACUUCCUGCACACUCGGACUCCUCCUAUCAUCCACAGAGAUCUCAAAUGUGACAACAUCUUCAUCACAGGCCCAACGGGAUCUGUCAAGAUUGGAGACCUGGGACUGGCCACGCUGAAGCGAGCAUCAUUCGCCAAGAGUGUUAUAGGUACCCCUGAGUUCAUGGCGCCUGAGAUGUAUGAGGAGAAGUACGACGAGUCAGUGGAUGUUUAUGCCUUUGGAAUGUGCAUGCUGGAGAUGGCCACCUCCGAGUACCCGUACUCAGAGUGCCAGAACGCUGCACAGAUCUACCGCAGAGUUACCAGCGGGGUGAAGCCAGGCAGCUUCGACAAGGUGGCCAUUCCUGAGGUGAAGGAAAUCAUUGAGGGAUGCAUUCGUCAAAACAAGGAUGAGAGGUAUUCUAUCAAAGAUCUCCUAAACCAUGCCUUCUUCCAAGAGGACACAGGUGUGCGUGUGGAGUUGGCUGAAGAGGAUGAUGGGGUGAUGGAGGCCAUAAAGCUCUGGCUGAGAAUUGAGGAUAUAAAGAAACUAAAGGGGAAGUACAAAGACAACGAAGCUAUAGAGUUUUCUUUUGACCUCAACAAAGAUGUCCCUGACGUUGUGGCUCAGGAAAUGGUUGAAUCUGGUUAUGUUUGUGAAGGAGACCACAAGACCAUAGCAAAGGCCAUAAAGGACAGGGUCUCUCUGAUCUCUCGCAAGAGGGCGCAGCGGCAGCAGGUCAGAGAAGAUCAGGAGAAGAAACGUCUUGAAGAGGAAGUGCAGAGCCACUCACUGCCGCCACAACAAGUAGGCCAGCAGGCCGGGUUGGAGAUGUCUCAGUCCCAGCCAGCAGCACAGCACCCAUCCCAUGUUGCACCUCAACCUAGCCAACACAGCUCACAGAUAAGCAGCCAACCAGCAUCUCAACAGAGCAUUCAGAGCCCCAACUUCAGUACGGCUCAAUCCAGUAAUCCUACUGGGAUGUCCCAGGGGGUCCCCCAGGCAAUUUAUGUUCCCCAGUCAGGUGGGCAAGUCCAGGUUUCCAGUGUCAGCAGCCUUCAGCCUGAGUCUGAAGAGUCUGAGUCUGACCAACAUGUACAGCCGUCUCUCGGGACAUGGGUGACAAGCUACCUGGUGGCUCAACGCUUCCUGAGACCCUGCCACCUCAGCCUAAUGUGUCUUACAGUACUCCAAAUCAGGAACUUCAACCACAGGCAUCGUGUCCACAGAUGCAAAAUGAAGCAAAGCAACAGCUGUCUACGUUUUUAUCUUCGUCCAUUUCUCACAUGGUGUCUUUUUCUACCCCAGGUGCAGGUCGGUCCAUCAGAAGUAGCUCCUAGUUCAUCUGCUAACCAGUCGACUUCAGUUGCACCUCAGCAGUAUGGAGGUUACUACCAAUCAUCGACUCCUCCUCAGCAGCAGUUGGAGAGCAGCAGCUCGCUGUCCCGAGCUCAGAGUGGAGCCCAGCAGCCACAGGGUCCUGUGGCUGUUCCCCUCUCAACACCAGUAGAUCAGAUGGCAGCAUCCUCUGCUCUGGUGCCACCACCUGGAGAGAGCUGCCUGUCAGAUGCCUCGGGUCUAAGCGAUGGAACCGAUGGAGGGUCUACAUCUGGGGGUCGCCAUGAGGGGCGCUCAAUGAAGCGGUAUCAGAGGCGAUCUGUCCGUAGUCGCUCCCGCCAUGAGAAGGCUGGGAAGGCCAAGCUUAAUGUUCUCAAUAUUUCUAAUGUGGGAGACCGAGUCGCAGAGUGCCAACUGGAAACGCACAACAGGAAGAUGGUAACCUUCAGGUUUGAUCUUGAUGGAGAUAACCCAGAGGAGAUUGCACAUAUCAUGGUUGAGAGUGAGUUCAUUUUGGAGAGCGAGCGGGAGUCGUUCAUUGAUCAGGUCCGCGAGGUCAUAGAAAUGGCUGAUCAGAAGGGAGCCGGAAUUAAAGAUGGCUUCCCACAGAUGAGUAAUCAACAAAAUCCUGAGCUGACUGUUCCCAUGGUACCAGGCAUAUCCCCCAGCACCACAACUCAGGUGGUUCAUUCAACAGGACGAAGAUUCAUAGUGAGCCCAGUCCCAGAAUCUCGUCUUAAACAGCAGUUCUUUGGAGCUGCUUCUGGUAAUGUGUCUUUUGGAGACGACCCUUCCUGUGCUCCAUUGGGUCUUUCGCUGUCUGCGCCAACUGUGACACUUCGCCACGCUUUCAACCAAGUCAAACAGGCUCAAAUGGAAAGAAGCAGCACCAUUGAUUCAACUCCAGCUGAGCAGGAGCCAACCCCAGUUCCGUCCACUGAUGUUUCUAACAAAGUCCAAUCUCCUCCCGAGGUGGCGGCCUCCACCUCUGCUUCUGUCACAUCUAAUGCAGCAGUGUCACCUCCUUAUUCAGCUGAAACGGUUUCACCUCCACCAACAUCUGUUCCAUCCCAAACUGUGAAUAACGAUUCUAGUCCAUCACCACAGUCCUCCCAUGAAAUGGCUCCUUCCCAGCAGCCGCCGUCAACCAGCCUCCCUGUUUCAUCCACCACGGUUUCUCCUCCAUCAACUCAGACGUCCAUACCUGCCGUAGCAGGGUCACAGCCAAGCAGUGUGUCUGCUGGAGCUCCUUCUGUCUCUGUUUCAGAGCGGCCCCCCUUUAUUAGUCCCGUUACAUCCAACCAUUCUCAGCACCCACCUCCCACUGCAGUACCCACUCAGACCCAGGCCCAGUCACACCCCCCGGAGUCUGAGGGAGCAGAGGUCCAGUCUAAGACGAUCGGCAGGGAUGACAUCCAAACCCUAGACAUGAAGCUCCGUUCGCUCUUCAAAGACCCACUCCCGGCCUCUAUGACAGUGGAUCACAGUUCGGCGACAGGGAAUUGCUCUCCUCCCACUGGAACGUCUUCUCCACCUCCUGGGAAUGCCCUGGUUCCUCCAUGUAACCUUUCUCUAACUCCUGCCAUACAAAGUGCUCAGAGCUCAACUACCCCAGGGGGACAUGUUCAGCCCCAUACAUCAAAGCCUAGGGCACAGACUUUACCUCCUGAUCUGGAUCAAACCACUACGCCUCCCUCUGAACCUGUACAUCCGUUUCCUGGACCUAAACAGUCACAGCAGCCCCAGGGGAUUUCAGAUACCCAGUUAAAGAGAGCUCAGAGUCCUGAAAACGGUCAGGGCGGUGAAGACGUCAAGCCCACAGGAACAGAUUUCAAAGUUGGUCGUUUUAUUGUCUCUGGUCCAUCCAGCUUUCCUCCAGAUCCACCAAAAGCCAUAUCUUCUCCAUCCCUCACACCAUCCUCUACUUCCUCCUCAUCCUCGUCCUCCUCCACACCUUCAAGCCCAGAGAAUACGCUCCACCGUUCAUCCCCUCGUCCUAAAGACUCCAGUGAAGCUGAUGGAGCUCCCACUGUCUCUGCCGGUUCCGCUAGUCAGACCUUCAAUGUUGGACGCUUUCAAGUGUCCAAGAGCGACCAUGCCUCAUCUAAAACAAGUGCCGGCUCUACAGUGGGGCCAUUAGUAGUCACAGUGACCAAAGCUCCAGCAGCAAGAUCUAGUUCACUAGAGCGCUGUAAUAAGCUGAAUGGACCAUCAUCCUCAACCUCUGACCCUCAAAACCAACAACGCCCUAACAGCAGUGAUAAUGAGGCGGACUCUGAAACAGACGAUGAAGCCCUUCAGAAAGAAAUAAGUCGCCUCAGAGAAAAACACAUGAUAGAGAUUCGUAACUUACAGAGCCGUCAGAAAGAAGAAAUAGAGGCCCUGUACUCCAAGAUGGGAAAAGCUCCCCCUCCUUAUGUUGUCUCCCCUGCUCAGGCUCUAGGUGGAGGUCGGCGUAGGCGCAAAAGCCACAGAUCUCGCAGUAGUGGACAGCCCAGUCCCAUUCAUUCAGGUCAGAGUCAUGGAUCAGAGUCUCCUCUGAAGCAGAGUAUGCCCUCUGCAGCUGGAGCCUCGGAAAGUGCAGCUAGCACAACAUCUCUACAACCACUCACAUCCUCUCCAUCCCUGCCAAGCCUCAGUGGUUCUACUGGAUCAUGUGAAACCAGCUCCUCAAACGGAUCAAGCCUCUGCCAAAACAUCCCUGCUUCCUCUGCAUCCCAGACCCAGAAGACCAAGAGCACCUUCUCUGAUCACAUGCACCAACUUGUGGAUAACUUUGCCAGAGAUGCAAAGAAAGGGCCUAAAACUGGAACACCCACACCUGUUGGACUUGAUAUUAUCCCUCCAGCGAAUAUGGGCCGUAAAUUUUCGGCUCCAGGACACCUAGGUUCUGCGCAUCACGCACCCGCCAACUGUACAACCACCAGCACGCAUCUUCCCAACCCAGGCAAUCCCACAGCCCCUCUGGGUCCUCGUAAAGGCUCCCUGGGUCCAGUUGUGCAGGGCUUUGGAUAUGCCUCAGCCCCCUACGGUGCUUCUCAGUGGGCAGGCCCCACAGGCACCUGCCAGGUCAGCAUGCAUAACCCCACACAGCCACUAAAGCAGUACCAGCCCCCUACAACAGUAUCGGUCUCCAUGCAUCAAGGCUACCAAACGGGAACACCUCAGACCAACCAGACGUCUGUCAGCCAUGGAGGGACCAAUCCAAGGCCUACGUAGCCCAGCCUGGGCCCCACCCUAAGCUGAAAGGAAGGGCCACACAGAGCAGAGGGGUCAGCCUCUCCUUGCAUUCUGCCCACUGUUUGUAUUGUGCAUUUUUUAUUUCAUCGUUUUAAUGUUGUCUAUUACUUCUGUUAAAGAGCGACCUCUGUGGUUCAGGUCCUCUCAGGUAGAUUUUGAGUGUGUCCGACAACUGGUGGGAGAGUGCAAUACACCUCCACAGCACAAAAGCGUCACUCUUAGCCUGCCAUUAGCUGUGGAAGCAAGCUGUGACGAGUCAGGUGGCUGUGUGCGGAAAAGAAACGCACACUAAAGGCAUAACCAAAAGCGGCCACAGGUGUCUUUUGAACAGUAAGAUGCUGCAACAUCAUCAUUCCUUUGAGGGGAGAACAAGAGGAGGGAUUGUGACACAUAUCCUUACUAAUCUGGACUAUAGACAAAGCUGGGACUAAAGAUGGUGGAGCUUUUACACAUCAGACUGAACAGGAACCUGGAGAUGGAAAGUAAAGUUGCUUAAGCAGGUUAGAGCGAGGUGAGUGUACAAAAGGUGUGAAAUAAGAGUGGAAGGUCAAAUAACUCUGUAGAGUUAGAAGAAAGACUUAGUAAGUUAGGCAGGGAACUCGAUAGGGCUGCAGUAUGAGUAGAUCCCAGAGACUACUGAGUAAAAUGCAAUAAUGAAGUAGAUAAACAGUCCCUUAUAAACGCGACCUUAAUCCCAAAACACAUGGAAACAUUGGCUUUGUACAUAGGGAGGAAUUCAUUGGGUUAUGAUGCUAUGUUUAACGUAUUUCUGUCUCUGUGGGAGUCUGGUGUCAUUGUGGUUUAAGUUUUCUUUCAUCCAGAUCCACAUCAACAUGUGAGAACCGUGUCCUGGUGUUGAUCACCAUUAGUUCAACUGACAAGGCAACGCUCCUUAAAACCCCCACACACAAACAUGAAAUUACUUCUUUCACUUCAGCUGAGUUUUUUUGCUGAUAUUACACCUAUCAUACCCAAAUUAAUAUUAUUGGGUUAGUAUUUAAGGACUGUUGUGUGGACAGGUUUGAUGAAAGUAUGGAAAACAAUUAAACGGGUUAACCGCAAAGAUCCCUGUACCCAUAACAUUUAACUGUGACCCCCAGCAUCCCAAAAUGUCUGGGCUUUUUCUCUGUCUGUGGUCUGUUUUUGUAAACGUAUAUUUAAUACAACAAAACGUUCUUUAUGGACCUGUAUUCAGCCAUCAGAUUUUGAUGUUGUUUCACUGUAAUUAUUAUUAAAGGUUGUUAAACAACAUGUAAAGAAAUAUUAAAAAGUGCAAUUGCAGGGUGGUUGCAGUUAAUAUCCUACUCAACCAUGCAGGAGUGAAACCUGCUGUUUGUUAGGCUCUUCUAUGACCGCCCUGCACUCAUUUUCUAUUUAGUUUUUUUGUUUCGUUCUUGUAAAUAUCCUAAAGUGAGGUAAAACGCUUUCACUUCAUUCUCAGUCACAGACGUAUGCUUGUGGUGACCCACUUCUUCGUGCACUCUUUACCCGUAAAACACGAGGAACACUUUAGUGCCUUGCAUCCUCACUAACGAUCAGUUCCAGACUCACCCAGUCCCUGCAAGCUCAACCAGUACCUGAAGUAAACAGCCAGUCAGUUCAGAGCAUGCAACGCUGAAACAGAUGCAGAACCAAGAGCACAGUUAAACAGUGCAUUCUUCUCUCUACAUUUACAUUCGUGUUGGUUGUGUAAUCAGCUGUGUAUUUCUACUUGCCUUGUGGGAACAUGAAUUUAUGCUGACAUUUUUUUUUUUCUGUGAAUUUAUUACUAAACUUUAUAGAAGCACGUGUUUUAAGUGGAGAGUGGGCUGUUCAAAGGUUCAAAAGUCCUGCUGACUCAGCUGCUGUCUCACCACCUUGCAGCAGUGCCAUGCUGUUGUUGUGACUCUUUCGCCUGCUUGUAGAUCAAAUUGUUUAACUUCUCUAGAGAAAAAAAUGACUUCCUGCAAUGCAGAAUAUGCAAUGUUUAAAGUUUUAUAGGGAACGAGGGGUGUUGGAAACAUUUGCAUGCUGAUGAAGUGUUAACUUCAACGUUUUUUGAUAUUGGAAUAAGUAUUUUUCUUUAUUUGCUUUCCUGACGGGUUGUCGAUAUCACAGGCGCAACUUCUGCCUCAGAUUAUCAGCAUGCUAACUUCACUGGGUGUUAAUUCCUCUAAAGAAGAACCAUUUUCAAUCCGACCAAUGCACAGCACAAGCUCACAAAGGUUAACGUCCAUGUGCUAUUACAGUUACCAGACCCCCUCCGUACAGUCGUGUUUAUGGCCCUCGGCACACAGUUAUACUCAUCUGAUCCCUUCUGACCUCCUGUGAUUUUGUGUCUGUUUUGUGUACGUUUUUCCACAUUGUACAAAAUGUAAAAACAAAUAAAAAUAUCAAAUACAA